UUAUCAUUGUCUGUCUUAUGUGUGUAGGAUCAUAUACAAGAAGUCUUAGACAAAUGGAAUCAAAUAGAUGAUGAAAUUUGGGCAAAAGUUAUCGUCUUCGAGAGGAAUAGACGAGUUGCAAAAGCGUAUGCCAGAGCACCUGUCCUCACGAUAAACGGUUCGAAUGACGGAUUCGAUGGAUUCAGGAUAGGACUUUGCGGAUUUGACAAUCCCAUGCGGGACCCGAAAACGGAGGAGGCCAAGCGUCACAUAAACCAGGGAGUUAAAAUAAAAAUGGACGAGCAGGGCAAUAUUCUUAUCAAGAGAUUGUGUAAAAAUAACGUAUAUGUAAAGUCGACGAAUCAGGAGGACAACGCGAUCGGUCCGGAGAUCAUACGCAAUUCGCAGGGUGCACUCGAACACGAGAAACCCGGAAAGUUGUUUGACAUGAAUAAAUUCCAAACGAAUCUAUCGCGAGAGACACGAAGGGCCUAUCCGGACAGACGGCGACUGGAGAUGCAAUGCCUGAGCGCUAUCAUAUUCGUGAGAACGGAAGCUGAUUUGCUUCAGUGCCCCGUAUGGGUGCUCAUCGUCAACGUGGUCGGAUUGGACAUGCUCAAGUCGAAGCUGCCUCCAGUUUUAGCAUUACAAAGGCCGGUAGACAUAAAGAAUAGACCGAGAAUACCAAUUCCCGACGAAGAUCCUUACAGUGUGGCCGGCGUGUCGUCGUCCGUAGGUCCUAGUGAAAUAAUGUCAGCGGACAGAGACUCGCGGGAGCAAAUCUAUAUGCAAUCGACAAGUUACCAGCAUCGACGCACAGAGAGACCGCCGAAAUUGCCACCUAGAGAAAAUCUCUACGGCCACGGCAUCCCUAAACAUUUAUUGUUUCAGCCUGACUAUGACGAUAUAGAAGACGACUAUGGCAGGGCGAUGAAGCAUCCCAUGAUGGAGGAGAAGCGAAAGCAUGACGAUAGGAAAAAAUACGAUGAUCCAUAUUAUUGCGGGUUACGAGCACGUGUGCCUAAUUUCGUCAAAAUGGCAAGGAAUGGUCAUAGUAAGAUGGGUCCUCCCCCGCCUCGAGGACAUCCCAGGACACAGCCGGCGCCGUCUUACAUGGGCGCUGCUUACGCUAGUAGUCAAUCCUCUCAGAUCUACGGACAUUUACCAGCCCAUCGACCACCUAUUAUGUAUCACGCCAGAAGCUUCGAAAGCGGGCUUGAUUCGGAUAACAGGAACGAAUCACCGUAUAAUCACAUAUACGGAAGGUUACCGAUUCCAACGAGAGGCGUAAUACCUCCGCCUCCGCGUGCUAUGUAUAUUGGAGAGUGGGAUUAGAUGUAAGAACUAUCUCGGCGUUUGUACUUAUAAACUCUCUCUCUCUGUAUAUUGUUAAUAUACCACAUAAAUACUCAUAUUUUUAUGCUAGC